AUGGCCAUGUCGUCAUCAGCAACUCGCGCCGUCGAGCCUCAGAAACCCGAGUCCGCCAACACCACCGCGCCCCGAAAGCGUCGCAGGAGAGCGCCGGCCACGGGAGCUGCCGAGGACUGCCACGCCUGUCGGAAGGCCCAGACGAAAUGUGACCGCAAGCGUCCGUACUGCGGGCCCUGUAUCGACCUGGGGAAGGAGUGCUCUGGCUACCGCACCACCUUGACCUGGGGGGUGGGAGUUGCAAGCAGAGGGAAGCUCCGUGGUCUGUCGACGCCUGUUGUGCAGACCCCCUCCCAAACCAGCAAUGCCCGGGACUCGAAGACCCAAACCAGCUCGGACAAGGCUGCGUCAAACCGCCCGACCUCCAAGGCCGAUGCCCAGCGGACUCUAAACAUGCAGCGCUCUCAAUCACCGGCAAGCCCAGUCUCAUACCCACCACCGCAAGAGUUCAUGCACCUGGAUGCCACCAGUCCAAUUCCAAUCCCCUCUCCCACGACGUCACACCUGGGGUGGCACAUUCCCGGCUAUGGCGAUCACCUGGACUACACCUCGCAUUCAGGCAAAAUGAGCCGCCCCCACCUGAACAGGGGACCACUCCAGAGGUUACACACGUCAUUAGCAGUGUCAUAUGAAGACGCUGGGCUGUCUGCUUCCACGGGCUCUCUGAGUGCGUACAGCGACAGUGACUACCCAUCCCCAAGCGAAUAUCCCCAGACCCCCGAGGACUUUUCGUUUGCGGACAACUCCAUUCCCCCUUACCACGGCCUCCUCAUGCAUGAGCACACGCCAAUGAGCUCGAGCGAGAACCUCCUUUACCAGGAGGCUCCUCGCUCCUACCCCGUGACAGACGACAUGAACUCUAGCAUUAGCUCUGACCAGAGCCACCACGACUAUGUUGAGGCCAACGCAGCACCGGCGGGGUCGUACGAGUCGUCGAGCUACCCGGAUGUGUUUUUUGAAGGGGAGAUGGGUGCAGGCGUUCAUGGAUUCUCCCAUCCAGGCUACGCAUAUCUGCCCGCCGAGGGUACGUCUUCCAAUGGUUCCGGUGUGGUUUCUACACAAGUGUCAGCGCUCACUCCUUCCGUUCCUCAGAACCUCUAUCCUUUUCCCGCUUCCCACCUUUCCCAGCGGAUGAGAUACCUGCUGGACUACUACGACAAGUUUAUAUGCCCGGUGCUCGUGGCUUUUGACGGCCCUACGAAUCCGUAUCGGAUGCACGUGAUGCAUUUGGCGAUGCGGAACGAGGGCUUGAUGAACGCCAUUGCCGCCCUGGCGACGAACAACAUUCGCAUGAGAGGCGGCAUUGAAGCACACCGGCUGGGCUUUAAGCAGGACCAUGGAUCCUCCGGCCUUCUCCCCGACCACGCCUACUCCAAGAUGACAGCCGAGGAACUGCGCGAGCUGCACGGUGAACCUUCCCCCGAAGAGAGGGUUUACAAGUCGACCUCCAUUGCGUUGCUCAACGCCGAACUCGCGGACCCGAUCCGCGCCAAGGACGACUCGGUCCUUGCUACUCUUCUCAUUCUCUGUCUCUUCCACGUCUGUGACAGUGGAUUCUCCAAAUUCAAGACCCAACUAGCGGGCGUGCAAAAACUACUAAGCCUGCGGGACCGAAGCGUCCAAUCCAAUUUCGUCGGCUGGAUCGAAGUCUUCUUCACGUGGUUCGACGUUAUGAACAGUACGGUCAAUGACCGUGAAACGCAAGUCCUUGGCGAUUCCCUCGACAUGAUGAACCUAUCCACAGACCUCGGCGCUCUCGAGCAUUUCUCAGGUUGCGAGGGAAGGCUGUUCAAGCUCAUAGCCCGGCUAGGGCGUCUCAACCUGCUCAGCCAGAAUCGGCCAGUCCGAGACCUUUGCCCUGAAAAUAGUACGACGCCUACGCAAACGCCGCAGCUGAAGAACAGUGGCAAAGACUACUAUUCCUUGCAACUUGAGAACCUCGAUGGCAAUGGGUGGGGUGCUUCUUUGGGCGACGCUCCCAGCCAUGCUUCAAUGUCACCGCGAGGCAGCAUCUCGGUUCCGGAAGAAGAUCCACGCGCCGCCUUCUGGAUGGAGUGGCACGACGUACGAUCGCGGCUUCAGGAGUGGGAGCUUGAGCCUAGUGAUCCGCAGUCUUGCGGUGCGACAUCAUCGUCGCUAGCCUUGUCCCCUGCGCAAGCGGCGCUGCUGCACAUCAGCGAAAGCUUCAGGUAUGCGGCGUUGCUGUAUACGGAGCGCUUGGCACACCCGACGGUAUCGUCGUCGGCGCUCAACAUCCAAAACCUGGUUGCGCAGGGGUUGUAUCACAUUUCGCAGAUCGGUGUUACCUCGUGCGUUAACAAGUUUCUCCUGUGGCCUCUUUUCAUCACGGGGACCGAGUGCGUCGACGAGCAGCAUCGGGCAAUUGUGCGGCAGCGGUGUGUCGAGAUUCAACGCGAGAGCGGGUUCUUCAACAACCUUAGCGGGCUUGAGGUGUUGGAGCGUGUUUGGCGAGAGGAUGACGAGAGGCGGGAAGGCGACGGGCAGAGCGUUGAGCAGGGCAUGCUAGGGGCUCAGGCGUUCAAGUGGCGCAGCGCGAUGGAUCGCGUUGACGGGGAAUACAUCAUGAUCUAG